ACGAAUCAGACUCUCAGCAGCACAUAGUUAUGAUAGCACUUCUCACCGCUCAUUUACUCUCUUAACUGUUCUGCGAGCUGUUGAAGAAAAUGUAUGCUGUGAUUUUGUUCUGUUUCUCCUUGUGGAGUCUUUUUGGUGUGUUUAGUGAGUCUGUGUCAGUGACUGAAGGAGAUUCUGUCACUCUGUCUGUGGAUAUCACUGAAGUGAAAGAUAGAAUCUACUGGAAGUUUGGAGCUCAAGAUGUUGUCAUAGCUGAGAUCAAUGCAGUGAACAAUAACAAGAGUUUAUAUGAAGACAGAGCUGAUGGAAGAUUCAGAGACAGACUGAAGCUGGAUCACACUGGAUCUCUCAUCAUCACAAACAUCACAAACACACACUCUGGACUUUAUAAAGUCAUCAACACCAACACAGAGAAACAACUCAAUAUAUUCAACAUUACUGUCUAUGCUCGUCUGCCUGUUCCUGUCAUCUCCAGAGACUCUUCACAGAAUUCUUCUUCAUCAAAUUGUUGUGUGUUGUGUUCAGUGAUGAAUGUGUCACAUAAUGUGAGUCUCUCCUGGUACAAAGGAAUGAGUUUAUUGUCCAGCAUCAGUGUGUCUGAUUUCAACAUCAGACUCUCUCUACCUCUGGAGGUGGAAUAUCAGGAUACAAACACAUACAGAUGUGUCAUCAACAAUCUCAUCACAAACCUCACACAACAUCUCAACAUCAAUCAACUCUGUCACAAGUGUUCAGUCCUCUACUGCUGUUGUGGUUUUACUGAAGCUGUGAUCCGAUUGGUCAUCUCUGCUCUGGUGUGUGUGGCUACUGUUGCUGUUCUGGUUUAUGAUGUCAGAUCCAGAAGAGAUGAACAGAAGAAGAGAUCACACACUCAAUUAAAUGACUGAUUUAUUUGUCUGUCUAUGAUCUAAAAGAAAUAAAGUUACAUUGAAGUUGCACACACGCGCACACAUGCACACAGAUAAGUAUAACAUGAGUAUAUUCUGCUGUAGUUUUGUUCUCUAUAUAUCAGGGGCUGUAUAGAGAAACAUCCUAUGAAUCAUCUUUAGUGACCAUGAUGAUUUUAAAUUUGAGCCCAUUUAAAAUAUUGAACUUCUCCAAUCCUGACAUAGAAGUCUCUGUAAGAGGGCCCCAGGUCCUUUAUAACAGCUCUGCUUGCUUGCUCAUGUGUUUAUUGAUCUCUUCCUGAAACCAUUUCAGAUUAUUGUUAUAGUGAGCAAAUGUUAUUGAUUGUAUCUGUGCUGAAAUGUUGCAUUGCUAUUUGUGAGUUUUAAAUAUUUUAUUAAUAAAAACACAAUAUCUCAAUAACAAGA